UUUUAACUUUGAUGAAAGUGACAAAUCUCUAAGGCUAAAAGAGAAGGUCCCCGUUAUUUACUUUGAUGAAAGUGACAACAUUCGGCCACGAAAUUUAUCAGACAACUAUGACACUUUUAAAAGCAAACUCGAGACUAAGAGAGUUGAUCCCACUAGCUACUCAACAAAGAUCUUUGUAAAUGGUGCGGAUUCUAAAUGUUGGGACACUAGUGAGGCAGCUAUUUACAACGGAGACGGUCAAUCCGACUCUCUAUUGCAAGAAGGAAGUACAAAUAUGCCAGAAUCUUCAAGAUUCAUGGCAAACACUGAGCAAGUUUCUGUUGAGCAUGCUCAACAAUUUGAAGAAGGUGACGGGGAGAGUGACAAAACAAAAGACCUUGAGGUGUUGAGCACUCCAAGUGGCAGUGGAGAAGCUGACUUGAAUGAACUAGAUUGCAUCUCCGAAAAGCCUAGCAGAAUGAUUUCGUCUAGUGGAAGCUCCACUGAGAAAACACGGUCCUUUGACGAAGAGAGCACUUCAUCGACUACGCAACCUGCAAAAUCUGAUACUGAUGCUGAACUAAGGUGUCAUGCAUCUGAAACUGAAAACGUUGGCGAGUUCAAAGAAGUUGAUGUUGACUGCAAUGCUUCUGAAAGAAAUGGUUCAACCCCACUUAAAGAUGACAUAGAAAAGAAAGGAAAUAUGGUUGAAGAUGCUAAACAGACUGAUAAAGAUGCUCUUCAAGCACUAGAUGAUAGGGUUUCACUGCUUAAGGCACUAGCUGCAUUAGCUGAGCACAAAAAUAACUGGGAAACUCCGACUCAACAAAGAGCUGAAGCUCUGGAAUCCCUUUUAGAGGUUUGUGCACGACUACUUAAGCAAGAAAAAAUUGAUGAGCUCGCUGGUGUGUUGAAACCAUUUGGCGACGAUACAAUUUCAUCUAGAGAGACGGCAAUAUGGUUGACUAAAAGCCUCAUGAGUGCACAAAAAUUGGCCAAGGGAUCGUGAUUUUGUGAUAGCAAGCUUUCCCUUUACUGGAAUAUUACUGUACAAAGCGAUGUGUUUGCUUUCUGUGGGUUGACAUAGAUAUUUAGCUAGACUGUCGUUUGAUUUUCCUUCUAAAUGAUUUGAUUUAUGGGAAAGCUUACUUUGAUUGUAUUUUUCAUCGAAGGAGCUUCUCUGGUGUGUAACAUGAGCAACCAAGGUGAGAACUAAGUUAUUGUUGGAGGCUUGUUGGAUUGAGGUUUUCUUAGUUUUUGAGUGUAUAAUUGUAGGACAUCUGAUGGAAUUGUGAAGAUCUUCUGUUUUGGUUUUUGCACUAUAUUAUUAAUAGAAGUGAACUUGUGCAUUGCGUGAA